AUGGCUGCGGCUUUUGAGAUGCAAGCUGCCUGCCCGAAAAUGUUGUCAACGAUGACCCCCGGUUAGUUGACUUCUUUGAAGUAUCUCGUAACUGUCUACAGGAGAAAGGCUUGGAGAAGUUGGGAUGGUCAAUUGCUCUUCUUACGAAAUAUCGCCUGAAUGCGUCAAGGAUCAAGAUUUUCGCUAACGUUGCAUGCACCAGCAACAGCCCGUUGGACUGACUGUCGGGGUUGACGUUGGCAAAGUUCGGCAAUUUGAGAUUCAUCUGUCAGCUGCUUAUGGUUCUUCGAUAGCUUGGACUUGGUAUCAAAUUGACCAUUCCACUCUGGCUGAGCUGCGACCAGACAUAACCGGAUGAAUUGUGCGAAUGGGGUGGUCAGGUGUAACGUUACGGUGAACUAAAUGGGGAUUUUCAACUCAAGAAAAUGGACUUUAAGCGCUCGGGGUUUGAGAUCAUUAGCCAGCAAUAGCCUGGUAGCCUGCUAACCUAGCUAGCUAACCAGCUAACAUUUGAACCAAGUUGUUAGAAUAUUGAACGUCUCAUCUGUGCAAACGAAAUAGCCGUGCACUGGACAAAUAUAUGCGCUCACUUGGUUCUUUUUCUGAGUUGAAUUCUGCGCAGUGAGCUAAGGUAGCUCCUCGGCUAACUGGUUGCUAGCAUGUUUUCGGUGAAGCCGCUGAAGCCGACUUUCAAGUCCUAUCUUCCCCCUGUACAGACUGACCUGAAGAAAAGUCCGCAGCUGACGAUCCGGAAACUUGAGGCCAAACUCCUCCCAGGGGAGAUCGUGGUGAACGAGGCCAACUUCGUGAGGAAGUGCAUCGGCACGGAGAGCAGCCAGGACGACCUGUGGGGGAAGCUGAUAUGCACCAACUUCAAAGUCUCCUUCAUCACCCACAACUCACUGCCCCUGCAGAAUUUCAAGUAUGUCCAUCGUCUCCUGGGAGAACAUGACGUGCCUCUAGCAUGUGUGGAACAGGUGGUCACAGUAAACGAUGCCAAAGGGAAGCAGAAGGUGCUGGGCUCCAAUAAGAAGCUCAAGUUCAACCCCACGGAGCUGAUCCUCUACUGCAAGGACUUCCGCAUCCUCCGCUUCCGCUUCGACCAGGCCGGCCCAGAGAGCGCCAAGAAGGUGUGUCUGGCCAUCGCACACUACUCUCAGCCUGCUGACCCCCAGCUGCUGUUUGGCUUUGAGUACGCAGGCAGCCGCUACUACAGCUCCUCAGGUGAGCGGGUGAAUGGCGUGGACCCUGGAGGAGGAGGAGGGGGAGGGCACCAGACGCCGCUGUUUGACCGUCCGUCUGACUGGGACCGCGAGAUCAAGCGCACCGGAGCCUCCGAGUGGAGGGUGUGCUCCAUCAACGAGGGGUACCUCGUCUCACCCAGUCUGCCGGAGUGCUUUGUGGUUCCAGCCUCUCUAGCAGAUCAAGAUCUGAAACAGUAUGCGUGUUCUUUUACAGGCCAACGCAUCCCGCUGUGGUGCUGGAGUCACCCCAACGGAAGUGCUUUGGUUCGAAUGUCCAGCAUCAGCGAUCCACAACAGCAGAGGAAACUCGACCAGAGGAUCAGCAGUGCCAUCACUAAGAGCCACCCGCAGCGGUCCGACGUGCUCAAGUGCGACCUGGACAAGCAGCUGCCCAACAUCCAGGACGUGCAGGCCGCCCUCGCCAAGCUGCGCCACGUCUGCGUCAUCGAGCCUUUUGAGGAAUCGGAGGAGAAAUGGUUGUCGUCUUUGGAGAGCUCGCGAUGGAUGGACUAUGUCAGGGCUUUCUUAAGGCACGCUGUGGAGGUUGUGUAUAUGCUGGAAGGAAAACACACUUCUGUCAUUCUGCUCGAGGAGGAGGACCGUGACCUGAGCUGCGUGGUGUCCUGCCUGGUGCAGUUGAUGCUGGACCCGCACUGCCGCUGCCUGCUGGGCUUCCAGAGUCUAGUCCAGAGGGAGUGGGUCAUGGCCGGACACCGCUUCCUCGACCGCUGCAACCACCUCAGGAAGAACGACAAGGAAGAGUCUCCUCUGUUCCUGCUGUUCCUGGACUGUGUGUGGCAGCUGCUGAACCAGUACCCGUCUGCGUUUGAGUUCACGGAGACGUACCUGACGGUGCUCAGCGACAGCCUGUGGCUCCCGGUCUUCAGCACCUUCCUCUUCAACUGCCCCAAACAGAGGGCAGAGCACAGCAGGGACUUUGCCCGCAGUAGGAGCAUCCCUCUUGGGCAGGAGCAGGCCCUCCGCUUCCCCCCUGUGUGGGACUGGUCUCAGCAGUUCAGCCCCAAGGACCAGACCCUCUUCAACAACCCGCUCUACGUGGGCAAGAGCGCCACCUAUGUGCAGAACGGGGCAGUGAAGACCUUCAAACGCACCAAGCAGAAGAGCUACAGUUCCACGCUGCGCGGCCUGCCCCCGGCCCUGCGGAACGGCCAGCUGGCGGAGCUGGACACGCUGCCGCGGCGGAACUCCCUGGUGCUGCGUCUGCGUCCCGAGCUGGGUCCGGCGCGCGAGCCCUGCGAGACCCCGUGCGAGCGCUUCGUGCGCGAGCGCCUGGCGCGGCCGGUCGAGCCCCACGGGCUGCUCCUGCCCCAGCUGCUGCCCUCGCACCUGGCGCUGUGGCGCCUCUACUUCCUGCGCUGGGUGCCCGAGGCGCGCAUCCCCCGCGGGGGACCCGCCACCGCCUUCCACAAGCUCUCGCUGCUCGUGGACGAGAUCCACACCCUCCAGAGCCACCUGCGCCACUACUCCACCACCUCCAACACCACCCUCACCUCCACCCCCAGCGGCCUCCCUCCCCCUCCUCCUGCAACCCCGUCCCCCCUCCCCCCCGGCCCAGGCUCGGCCCUCAGCCCCCCCGCACACACCCCCCACCGGCCCCAGUCCCUCUCCCGGCCCCCGCCCGACCACCACCACCACCACCAGCAGCAGCACCAGGGGCGGAUGUACUUCCGGGCGCCUCUCUCGACCCCGGCGGGGCCCGACGCCUCCACCCCGACCUCCACCACCACCUCCUCCUCCUUCUCCUCCGCGGCGUUCCCGAUGCCCGACUACCUGAGCUCGUCGUUCCCGUUCUCGCCCGUGGGCAACCUGUGCCGGCGCGGCCUGCUGGGCACGCCCCUCAGCAAGCUGCUCAGCGGCGCCCGCAUCUGGCUCUCCACCGAGACGCUGGCCAAUGAGACGCUCUGAGGGGCGGGCGCAACGCCACGCUAGGCCCCGCCCCAUCCCGCCUGCUCCGUCUCAGGGCAGGAGGAAGAGGAAGCGGAAGAGGGCGGUGAAACAGGAAGAGGAAGAACAGGAAGUGGGGAAGAAGCAGUGAUUUGGCAAAAGGACUUGGGGUGUGUGUGUGUGUGUGUGUGUGAGUGUAUAUAUGCCAGCGUGUUUUUGCACAGAGUUCUUGGAGAUGGACUGCCGCUAAGUACGCACCUCCCCUCUCUUCCCCCUCUGGCUCCGCAUGGCCCUGGUGACGUGGCAGAGUGUCUCAUAUUAACAUGACUGCUGAGGAGAGGAGAGGACAGGAGCGGGAUCUGACGCUUCUCUCUCUCUCUCUCUCUCUCUCUCUUUCUCUCUCUCUCUCUUUCCAUCUCUCUAACUCUCUUUGUCUCUCUCUCUCUCUCUUUCCAUCUCUCUAACUCUCUUUCUCUCCAUUUCUCUCUCUUCAUCUCUCUCCAUCUCUCUCUCUCUUUCUAUCUCUCUAACUCUCUUUCUCUCCAUUUCUCUCUCUCUCCAUCUCUCUCUCUCCAUCUCUCUAACUCUCUUUCUCUCUUUCUCCAUCUCUCCAUUUCUCUCUCUCUCCAUCUCUCUCUCUCCAUAUCUCUCCAUCUCUCUCUCCACCUCCCUCUCUCUCUCUCUCCCUCUCUCCACCUCUCUCUCUCUCUCUCCCUCUCUCCAUCUCUCUCUCUCUCCACCUCUCUCUCUCUCUCUCCCUCUCUCUCUCUCUCUCUCUCUCUCUCUCCAACCGUUAGUGUGAUCUCCUGCCCUGCUGGCAGGGUCUCAUCACAGCUAUUAUUCACCAAACUAACAAACCAAAAUGAUGAACUGUGUGUGUGUGUGCGUGUGUAUCCCUCUCUCUGCCUGUGUGUGUGUGAGCACAGACGUGUGGCUAGUGUGGUAUUGGCUGUAGGUGUGUGUGUGUGGGUUACUGAGCAUAGACGUGUGGCUAGCUAGCUAGUGUAAUAUUGGCUGUGUGUGUGUGAAACAGAGCACAAUAGUGUAGAUGGCUAGCUAGCGCACAAUAGUGUGGAUAGUUAGCUAAUGUGUUACUGUAGGAAGACGGCAAGCAGUCGACAGGACUCAGGCUGUGUGGUAAACUAUAGGACCCCACCGGGGCUGGCUGGAUCCUGCCCGAUCAUAAAUCCACUUAGGCCAGGACUGCUGAGCAGAUCAGCUGGUUGAUUUGCCAUCACUGUGUGUGUGUGUGUGUGUGUGUGCGUGCGUGCGUGUUUUCUGCACUGUAUAACUGUGUGUGUGGUCCCUGCAGGAUAGUAAAGUGUGUAUACGUGUAUGUUUGCUCUGCGCAGCACCAUUGGUGUCCUUAAGUGUGUUAACUCAGAGCCUCAUGGACAACGCUUAACUCUUUAACCCCCAUGACCCUCUCCCCAAGUGACAUGAUGUGACACGUGUGUGUGUGUGUGUGUGUGUGUGUGUGUGUGUGUGUGUGUGUGUGUGUGUGUGUGUGUGUGUGUAUGUUGACUGUGGGUAAGGGCGUGUGACUGCGCCCGUGCAGGUGGUUGUGCUGAUGGGAAGUGGUACCCUCAUCAUGGGUAGCGAUUAGCCUGACUAAUGAUGUGUACAGUUUCAUUUGCUUGAAUUUCUAGAUGUUUUCUAUUGUUUGUUUUGUUUUGUUUUGUUUUAAUAUGGUACUUCUUUUCAUCCCUUACGACUAUGAAGUAAUGUUCAUUUAUUUAUGUGUGUGUGUGUGUUUGUAUUGUACGGCUCAGUAGUCUACCACUAAAGGAGAUGGUUGGGUGUGCAGUGCUUUAGUACUGGUUGGCACGCCUGCUCACCAUUGGAGUUCAUUUUGAUUUUUGAUUUUAUAAAGUAUACACAGCACUGAUAUUUAUGUAUGAGUUUUGGAGAAUUUCAGCAGCUGCAAAAAAAGAAAAGAAAACCCACAAACAAUCCAAACUAAAGAGAAUAACAGGGACUGUGGGCCCCCUUUGUGCCUUUUUAACCCCCCUGCUUAGUGGUCAGUGCUGACCAGGCCUUCUGUACACCUCCCUCUGCUCCUCUCUAUCCCCCUGUUUCUCAGAGUCCUUGUCCCUCUCUCUUUGUCAAGGAGGGAAGUAGCAGAGACUGGAGCUGAUGUCUAAGCUGUGACCUUAGGCAGGGGCUGCUGGGACUUGUAGUCCCAUAUGCAUUUCCUUUGUGUGGUAUGCAAAGGAUUGUGGGUAACGAGUUCUGGAAGUGACACUCCAGCUGGAGGAGGAGUGGCUUCCAGGUCAUGAUGGCCAAUAGGCAGAUACCAGGAAGUCAGUGGUGUGGUCGUUAUGGCAACUCUGAUGGCCACUAUGGUAACGGGAGUGGGGUCUUUAUGUAAAGCCAGUGACUGUCAUAAAAUAUUUUAGUGCUAAUAAUAAAAGAAGACCUAACA